AUGAAGGCAGAUGGCGAUACUAAUUCAUUCUCUUCAUCGGAUUCAUCAACCAAUGAAGAAAAUGACACAUCCUCACCCUCGGUCAACGAAGCAGUACAACACAAUAUUGAUGUCGAAGAAACUGACGCGUCAUCCUUGCCUUCUUUUAAACCUCCAGUAGGUUGGAAAAAAAUUCAAACUUCAAAUGAGGAUUCGAAAUUUGGUAUCGUUGACGUCCAGAACGGUGAGAACGAAAUUUGGUUAUUAAAGGUUCCCUCUCGAGUUACAAGGAUUGAUCUUUCGGGCAAGACCUUUAGACUUCCUCCCGGAUCCAUAAAUGUCCCAACAAAAGUAGCCAAAAUUCAGAAAACCCUUCAAGAAACCACUUUUUCGUCAUUUCAGAGAAAAACCAUAGAGACGGCGGCUACUUACGGAGUUUACGAAAUAGCACCGAGAAAUAAUGAAGACAAUGGUGAAAUUUCUCAGAGCACUGCACCUCAUCAAGCAAUUUUGGAUAAGAUGCGAGAGUUCGAAUUAUUAAUACCAAGUAAUGGAGGUUUAGUCUUAAGUAAAAAGCCCGAUAGAUACUUUAAUAUAUGUCGUGAAAUAGAACUACCGGAUCCGGCAUCAAAUAUCGAAACAAUUCUUUCAAAGAAACCUGAAAUUCCUCAACAUCCAUCAGAAUCAUUUGUUUCAAGAUCUAUUACCACUUCUUCAGAGUUCACCAGGAAAAACCUGAAUGAAGUUGCUGAUUUAGAACAAAAGAGGUUUCAACGCAAACUGAUUGAAGAAUGGAAAUAUAACAGGUGGCACAAAUAUAUAAAAAAACAUAAUAAGAAGAUGCGCGAAGCCUACCUUGAGUGGCAAGAAAAAUGUAAGAUCCUGGUAAAGCAAUCGAGGGAGAAGUUUGUAAGAGAGCUCGCAAAUGAAAAAUUUACGAAAAAAAAGACGGACAAAAAAGCAAAGAAGCGGAAGUUAAAUUCCGAGAAUGAUGGUGUAGAGAGUUUUGAUAAUGAAGAGUUUCUAACAACCACUGAUGAAGAGCCUUCACCAGUUAAGAAAAAGAGAAAGAAAGAAUCCAAAUUUGGACAAGGUUAUUACAAGAAAAUGUUAAAAGCACAAUAUUUCAUUGACCCUGACUCUGGUGAUGAUGAAAUUCUAACGGAAGUCGCAGAAGAAGAAGCGGAAUUUGCUAAAUUGGCACAAGAACAAAUUCUCAUGAAAGAAGAAGCAACAAAAAGUUUAGAAGAGGCCGAAAGAAAUGCAGCACAAACAUGGACUCCUUCACUUGUCACCUAUCCUAAAUUUGAGCCGCCAACCAGUCGGUGGUCAAAGAUGAACGAAAGAAUUAUCAAAGAGGAAGGAGAAAAAAAACUAAAGCCCUAUUCAAUUAAACGAGAUUGGACUGUAGAAGAACGAACGGAGUAUUAUAAAAAAUAUAAUUGUGAACCUCCUCCAUAUCCUGUACCUAAGCAAAUGGGACAGGAAAUUGAAAUCAAUUACGUUGGGAUUUAUGGAAAAUUCAAAACGUCGCCAAAGCUUGGAAACUGCUGA